AUGACUUCAUACGCUAUCACCGGAGCCUCCAAAGGCAUUGGCCGCGAGUUCGUGCGCCAGCUCGCUGCCAGCUCGACCAACACAGUCCUCGCGAUAGUGCGAGACCCCGAGUCAUCGGGCAUAUCGGAGCUCGCCUCCAAACACCCCAACGUGCAUGUCGUCAAAGGCGAUGUGACAGACCCCAAAUCUAUCCAAGAGGCUGCCUCGGCCGCAGCUGCCGUCACCGGCGGCAAGCUCGACGUGCUCAUACACAACUCCAACGCCGUGGACAUGGCCAGCAUGUCCUCCAACCCGACGCAGCUGCCCUUUGAUGCUGAAGCCAUUCGGGCAAUCUUCGACCCGCCGCUUAGUACAGCGAUCUAUGGCGGGCUGUGGACGACGAACGCCUUCCUACCCUUGAUUGAGAAGGGCACCCAGAAGAAGAUUGUGCACAUCUCUAGCGGCAUGGCGGACUUGGAUCUUAUCAAGAAGACGGGUGUCAGCGGUGCUGUUGCGUACUCUGUCGCAAAAGCCGGGAUGAAUAUCCAAGUUGCCAAGUACGCGGCAGAACUUGCGCCGAGACGCAUCAAGGUGUUGGCUUUGAGCCCUGGAUGGGUUGAUACGUGGGAGGGAGCAAAACCUCCUCCGGUAGUAGAAGCGGAAAAGGCCAUGCUGAAGCAGUUUCAAGCAGCGGAUCCAGCACUUAAAGGACAGAUUCAGCCGGAGGAGAGUGUUAGAAAAUGCCUCCAGGUCAUUGAGAGCCUGGAUGCGGAGACCAGCGGCUUAUUCCUGAGUCAUAAUGGAGAUAGGGCGAAGUGGCUGUGA